AUGCCUCCUAAAGCUGGCACCCGUCGAACAGCAACACGACGAACUGAAGGCUCGGAAGCAACAUCCACGCCCGCGGCUGCAGCAGAAACCACUCAAAAUGCGCCCGAAUCCCGCGGCGCAUCUGCGCAGAGCGCAACACCCGGUCCUUCCGGUCGACCUUCAGUGCAACGACUCCAGUCGCUGAAAACAAGAGGUGGCUCCGGCAGCAUCGCACCCAAAGCGCGACCAACCUCCGCACUCGGCGGCGAACCAGCGAAACCAGCCCUCAAAUACAAGCCCCGAAACGCCGGGCGCCGCAGCAAGGAAGAGCGAGAUGCUAUCGAGAAACUCGAGGCUGAGCGGAACAGUGAGCGUCUGAAAGAGGCAGCUGCGAUCCAGCGUGGCCGGGGUGGCCGUGGUGGGCGUGGCUCUUUCCGUGGACGCGGUGGGCCUGCUGGUAUGGCUGCGAGUGGACUGUUCGGCUCGGGGAUGGGCGGUGCUCGGCGCGGCCGUGGUGGUGGGAGUGGUGGUGGUGGCAGCGGUGGAUAUGGAGGAUCAAGCAGGGAUCGUACGCGAUCUGUACUUAGUGCUGGUCCUGGCCGUGCUCAGCUGGAUGAUGAUUCAGAUGAAGAUGAUUCCACGCCUCGGCUCGAUAUCAACUACAUCAAUGAAUUGGAUGACGACGAAGACUUCGACAAUCUGCCUCAGGACGUUAAGGGCAAACUUCCAUUCCGGCCCAAGAGCGAUGGCUUGAAGCCCUACCGCGUGCACCGGAUUGAGCACGAGGAGCGUGUUGUCAGCGUCAAUAUGGAGUCCAGCUCUAGCCGAUCUGCGGAACUACGCAAGAAGGCGGAGGCUGAGAAGGCUGCUGAUCAAGGCGAGACAACCCCGAUGGAGGAGGUUGACGGUGAGCCGCCCGUCAAGGACGAGCCGGUUGAUGAUAAUGAUACUACUAUGGUUGAUGCUGUGCCUCAUGCAGAGGACGAUGGAUUCUUGCCUGCACAAAAUGUCCGCGUGCGUCGGAAGGUGCCUCCUUCUCCUCAAAAACCAAAGUCGAAACGAACAGAACCUAUUGAACUGGAACCUGAGCUUGCGCGAGACCCGCGGGAGCUGUUGCGCACCAAAGAGGAAAUCGACGAAUACGACCGACACCUAGAGGACCUGGACCACGUGCGGAAUCUUUUGUUCUACGAGGAGCCUGAGAAGACCGAGACUGCAAAUGAGACUACCGCCACCGAGCCGCAGACGGCUGAGACCACAGAGGCUGAAAGCACAAUCGCGCAGGGUGAAGACGCAGAUGAAGGCGAGAAAGAAGACGAAGACGACAAGACUACAAACCCGAAACUCCUCGGCCAGCUCUUCCUAAUGCAAUUCCCACCCAUGACCCCCAAUCUCACCGUCCCCGGCUCAACCACCCAACCAACCACUACGCCCGCACCAGCAGCCCCCGGUCAAACAGAUGUCAAAACCGAAGACGAGGUGCAAGUGGUAGAUGCUGACGCACCAACCACCGAAACACCCAAGGUGAUCACGGCAGCCACCGAUUGGGCCCUACCCGCCGGGCGCGCAGGCAAGCUCAACGUCCACAAGUCCGGGCGCGUAACAAUGGACUGGGGCGGCAUCAGCUUCGAACUGGACCGCGCUACAGCGGUGGACUUUGUGCAGGAGGCGCUGAUUGUGUCGUCGCCUGAGCCUGACCUGCCGGGCCAGCCGCCCAAGGACGAGUCGGAGCAGCGGGCCUGGUCGAUGGGGCAGCUUAGUGGGAAGUUCACGGUGAUGCCGAAUUGGGAUCAGAUGCUUUGA